AAAUAUUUAAUCAUGCUUCUUCCAAGUUUUCCAAACACUUCAGUCACAUUUUCUGCAAUACAACAAGGAUCUACAGAAGAACAAACUAAUGAUUUCAUCCGUUCUGUCUAUACAAGUACAGCAAUAUGCAGUUUCAUUCUGGCAAUGUUGUUUAAUGCGUUUUUGAUAUGGCUAAUUAUAAUGAAAACACCAGCUCCUAUGCUUGUAUAUAGCAAAUUGCUUAUGGCCCCUUGUUUAAUGGAUAUUUGUAUUGCAACAUGCGGAUUUCUUGUUCAGCCAAUUACGAUUGCAUUUCAUGGUUAUUUUGCCAUCAUGCAAAAUGGGUUCUUUCGUUUUCUUCCACGUCCAUACGACUAUACGGCAAACGUAUUUUGGCUACAAAUGUUGCUUCUGUUUGUUUGUUGUACAACUAUUCAAUUUAUUUUUCGCUACUACAUGAUAAGCAGUGAUGGCCAUAUUCCAACAAAACUUAAAUAUAUAACUGGAAUUGUUCUUUGUAUUCUUCUUAUUGCACAUGUUGCUCUUCAUUAUGUUUCUGAUUUUCCUUUUGAUGAAAAAUUUGAAGAUAUGGCAAUGCUUGCACAUUUGGUUGAACAAGAAGUACAUAUUACAGGUGUUCGGUUCUCUUCAUUUACUUAUGCGCGUACGACAUUAUGGCUUAUCCACUGUGCAAUCAUGAUUUCCAUCUUUUUGACUUGUUAUGGUAUCAUUGCGUUUUGCACAAUCGGUACACGACGUUAUAUAGCAAAAACAUGUGCUGAUAUUGGAGAAGGGUUAGAUAGCGUUAAAAGGGGACGUAUGCGUGAAUAUAAUCAGCAAGUAACCACGGCACUUCUUGUACAGGCAAUCUUACCUACAAUUGAUGUUUUAGAAUUGGCUUUUCAAACUCUAUCGCCAAUCUUCUUCCCCAGAAAUCAUGCUAUUCGUUAUAUGAUCUAUACAGCUAUUCCAUUAUAUUUCAUUCCAGUAAGAUAAAUUAUAUCAGAAUUUAUAUUCAUAAAUAAGGUUCUCAACCCAAUUGCCGCAAUGAUCCUCGUUAAGCCAUAUCGUCGUGCUGUUAUGAACAUAAUAGGACUAUUAAAGGGGAGAGUUGACUCAAUGUGGAGUGCACAACAGCCACGAACCUCAACAGUUGGACCUAAGACUAGUUCAAAUGAAAUGGUCAAAAA